GGCAAGUUGUUUGUUCCAGCGAGCACCAGCUGCUCGGCACUCCGGGCUCCGCUGCUCCGCUCCGCGCCCCGCCGGCCUCUCCGCCGCUCCAACUUUUGCACCCUCUGCUCCCUCAUCCCCCGUUCCCGCCCCCGGAGCCGGGCAGGGACAGACGGAGCUGGGGGGGGGGGGGUAAAAAAAAAAAAAAAAAAAAGGCACUGACAAUAACAGCCCCCCCCCUCCUCCCCCUUCCCAUUCAAAAACACAACAUAAACCCUAGGGAUAGAUGAACUACAAAUGAGAAAGAGGAAAAGAUGGAACUGCACAUCCUAGAGCACAGGCUCAGAGUGGCCAGCAUAGCCAAGGAGAGCAUCCAGUUGUUUACCUAUGGAUUAAUCAAACUUGCUUUCUUGUCCUCUAAGACGAGGUGCAAGUUCUUCAGCCUCACAGAAACCCCUGAGGACUACACUAUCAUUGUGGAUGAAGAGGGAUUCCUAGAGCUUCCUUCCUCGGAACACUUGAGCGUGGCCGAUGCAACAUGGCUUGCCCUCAACGUGGUGUCUGGUGGAGGUGGCUUCUCCAGCUCCCAGCCCAUCGGAGUGACCAAAAUUGCCAAGUCAGUCAUAGCACCUCUAGCUGACCAAAACAUCUCAGUGUUUAUGCUCUCCACCUAUCAGACGGACUUCAUCCUGGUGCGUGAGCGAGACCUACCCUUCGUGAUGCACACGCUGGCUGCCGAGUUCACCAUCCUCAGAGUAGUGAAUGGGGAGACAGUGGCUGCCGAUGACUUUGGGAUAACAAAUGGAUUUGUCAAACCAAAACUAGUUCAGAGGCCUGUCAUUCAUCCCCUUUCCAGUCCAAGUAAUAUGUUCUGCGUCACCAGCCUGGAUCCAGAUACCCUUCCCACUGUUGCUACACUCCUAAUGGAUGUCAUGUUUUACUCCAAUGGAGUAAAAGACUCAGUGGUGGGCAACGAAGACUCGGGACAUAUUCGAUUUUUCUCCUUUUCUCUCAUUGAGGGUUACAUCUCCCUGGUCAUGGAUGUCCAGACACAGCAGAGAUUUCCUAAUAAUUUGUUGUUUACAAGUGCAUCUGGUGAACUUUGGAAGAUGGUGCGGAUUGGUGGGCAGCCUCUUGGCUUUGAUGAAUGUGGAAUUGUUGCUCAGAUUUCUGAGCCUUUGGCCGCAGCCGACAUCCCAGCCUACUACAUCAGUACUUUUAAGUUUGAUCACGCAUUGGUACCUGAAGAAAAUAUAAAUGGUGUGGUCAAUGCACUCCAAGUCAGUCAAGCUGAAAAGCAUUAGAAAUCUUCUGAGUUGGUUCCAGAUGCUUUUUAUUAUUAUAAUAAUUAUUAUUAUAAUUUUUUUCUCACAGUAUUUCUUGAAAAAUCUGAUUACAGAGAGUAACAUGAAAAGAGACUGGAAAGUUGAGCAGAAACAGCUCUAAUAAGGCUUUGUUUUAAUUAUUAUUGUUAUUGUUAUUUUAUUAAAUUUAUGAAUGAAGGGCAGGAGGAAAGGGAAUUCAUAUGGUUUCCUGAUAUUCAGCUCCAAGGUGAAGUGUACCCUGGCUGUGCUCUCAGUGUGGAAGGAGCUGCCCGGGGACACCCAUUGGCAGCAUGGAUGGCUGUGGGCAUGCUGCCGAGAGCAGUGGGAUGGGCCAAGAGCAAAUGGACAGGCCACUGGCUCAGAGAGCCCUGAAAAGCAGAAACAAAAUGAAAUAUGGAAUUAAACAGAAAAGAAGUCACACAGUGCUGGCUUGUCUCCUCACAUCAGACUUUCUGAGGACUGUCCUUCGUUGCCUGUGUUGAGAUAGAAUGCAGAGGGUUCUGUUUCCCCUGACAGAAGAGUUUGGCAUUGGAAAAAGGGAAAAUAUCCAGUUGUUUGACAUUUCCCCUUUUUCUUUCUCCCUGCAGUGAAAGCCUGGCUGCUCUGAGAAAGCCUGGGCAGGGGGAGCUCAGCUCUGGCCAGCUCCUGGCGGGUGGUGUCACCCAGACUUGUAUCGGCAUUGAAACUUAGCCAGUUUUGGUCAAUAUUUUCCAGUUACUCUCUCACUGCUCCCAGUAUUCUCCUGCCAUGUCCCCUGCUCCAGGACAUGGAGUCCCCUUACCCCACAUCAGAGCCUUCCUCCAGCCCUUGUGCCCCAGGGCCAGCAAGAGGCCUCUUUUCUCCUGUCCCCUCAGGCUUUUUCCCAUCCACUGUGCACAUAUGGAAAUAAGUAUAUUGCUCAGGCUCCCUGGGUAGGGUAGCUGCUCUUGCACAUCCCAGGUCACCUUAGCCAAGAGCCACAGCAGGUUGUCCCUGCCAGGGCCAAGAGGAUGCCUGAGUCUUGUGGGCACCCUCCUGCGGUUUUUCAUCAGCUUCUCCAUCACACAGGUGGAAAUUGUUGCUGACUGGGGAAAGUAGAACAGUGCUGAGAAUGCAUAAAACCUGCUAGCGUCUGGUCCUGUCACAGGAAGAUGAUGGGGCUUUUCCCAUGGGGCAGCAGUAGUGUGUUUGCUUCUGGCUUGUACCACAGCUGAGGGCCAGCAGGAGCCAGGCAUCAAGGCCCAUAGUGGCACCUGUAUCCGGGUUGUGCCCACGGCUGCUGCCAGCACCAUGGAGGACAGCAGGGACCAGGGUUGCCCAAGCCAGGGGUGCUAGCAGUCUGCUCCACAUGCAGCAAGGGCUGGUGAAAGGAGAAGCCGUCUGCAGAGGACGGUGCUUUUGUGAUUAGCAGCCCCAGUAUAUCUUGUGUUUCUUGACUUCUUCCACUUCAGUCUUGACAUAAAGAAAUUGCAGAUCUUGCCAUUUUCCUGAGGGCUUUCCAGCAAGCUUCAGGGACAGCCUCUAGCAGGAUUUUCCUGAGGCUGUGCCAUAUACAGCCGUGAGCCAGGGUUUUGCAUUAAUCUGGAGGCAGUAAGCAAGCACCUGGGAUCAUGCCAUGGGCAUGGUUUGUACCGGUGUGUAGGACAUGCAAACACACAGACACAGUUUGCUGAUUAGUUCUGCAUUCACAGUACUGGAGGGCGAAGCAGUUAGGGUUUCUGAUGCUGCUGGAUUCAAACAUGGAGUUUCAGAUCUGAUUUUUCACCAGUAGGAUGUUGUGUGGCAUCUAGACAAGGAGUCAGAGCAUCCAUGGGAAAAAGCAUGGAUGACUUUCCUUGGUUGGCCCUCCUGGAGCAUCCCUGCUGAGGAGCACAUGUUCAGUGCUCUACCAAACAGGAUGUUUUGCUGUUCCUUUACAUGGGUUUUCAGAAUUGUCCCCUGAUAUGUUUAUAUUCACUCCAGAUUUCUGGACUAAAGGUGUAUUCUAGAUGUGGCACUGUGCAUCUCUGGAUGUUUGGAAAGACGCUUUGGUUUCCUGCCGCAAGGACACAGGCACGGGCUGAGGCUGCGUGGUGCAGUGUUGAAAACACUCAGAGAUGUUUGCUGUGACUCUGCCCACUGUUGUGGGCACUGAGCUGGGCUGGGGUGGGCAGCAAGGCCAGCAGUGGCUUUUCACCCCAUAUAUUGUCAGAGGGUUACUCCUUGGGAUGGCAGAUUGGUGGCAUGGCAGGCGGUGACGGAGCGUUGAGUUGCUGUACAGGUACUGAGUUGCCAGCCACGGUUUCUGGUCAGCUGAGUUGAGCCUGAGUUUUUGCUGUGUGCAUGGAUGGUGCCACCAUGACAGAGUCACCAUGAGAGGGUCUUCUUUUUGCUCUAGGGUUUUGUGAACCUUUGGGAAAUGCCAGUUUCAGCAUCAGAGAGUACCCUUGUGUUGCUCUGCACAUACCAGUGCUGCUUCCAAAGGACUGCGACAUGGAUAGGAAGGAAUUAACUUGAAACAAGCAACAACUUUACUGAGCCUUAAAUGAAAGCAAGAAAAAUCUGUUUUAAUUUGCUAGCAUUGUACUCAGGUUGAUUUUUUUAAUUUAAAUUUUUUUCCCAAGGGAGUCAGCCUUUUAUUUGUGAAAUCUGUAGAAGGCUUUGUGGUAUUUCAAACCUUCCAAAAGAAGGUUGAUGUCCUGACACGGGAAAGCUGGCCUGAAAAAUUCACAGGAUGCAAAAUGCCCUUGAGGGACGCUGACGCUGCCACCAUCCUUGGCUUCACCUUUUUAUUUCCUUUUAUAGUUUUGUCCUGACAUCCAUGGAGAUUGUUUCAGACAACUUGAUGCUUUCCCUUUCGUGUUCCCUUCAUAUUUUUUGCUGGUGGGAACUGGGAUACUCCAAGUGUGGCUAGAAUUGGUAGACCCUUGUCCCCGCACCAUGCCUGAAGUCAGGAUCAAUGCAAGCUUACACAGCACUGCUGCUUGUGAGACCUACACUGCAGGAAGGAGUCUGUAGGGGCUGUGUUAAAAAUUUUUGUAGUAAUAAUAAUACCACCACAGUAUUAACACCACAGUGCUUAGUGAACCCAAAGUAGGGGGCUCUUAAAGCUGCUCCACAGCUCCCACUCUCUCGGCACCCAGCCUUUGGGAUGGGAAAAAAAUUGGAGUCUUUUCCAUUUUUUAAAAUGCCUUAUGAUAAUAUGUCUGAGUAUCCCUGACAUUAUGCUGUUCAGUACUGUGUGGAUAAAGGAGGAACAUGCCUCCGUGGGACGCUCUUGGGCUGGGUGCCUGGAUUACCUGUCAGCUGCCAGUGCUGCCCUCAGCAUCCCUGCUCACCUCUCUGGGCAGUUCCACCUGGCCAUGGCUGCUGCUAAUGAAGGAUUGCCUCAAUGCUGCAGGCUGCUUUCUGUGCCCUCUCUCCUCUCAUUGCACAAAAAUUCACCAAACAGCAAAAUGUGAAAGUGUUUCCAGUCCUGCAGAAAGGGGUAGGCAGGGGAAGAGAGCAUGGCCCUCAUGCACCCUCCGUCUUUCUCCAGGGCAUUUGUUUUCUUAGAAGCCUCAACCUUUCCAAGUUGUGUGUGUUAUUAAAUAGGGUUUUGUCUUUUUCCCUCAACCCAGUUAGAAUUUGAUUAUAAAUUCCUUUCUACUGAGCAAGUGUGUGCAUAUGUUCAUCUUAAUGUAUAGUGUUUCCACCGAAAUCCUUCAUGUGUCUCUGUUGCACACCUGUAAAUACCCGUGUUUGUGUCUGUAUCUUGUACAUGCUAUGGGCACUCAAGCAAUAUAGGUUCACAUACAUAUUUGUGAGUAUAUGUGUGUAUACUCUGGGCACACAUUCUGUGUGUGUGUCUAUGUAGUGAGUACUGUAUACACACAUUCAUUCACCAUGUAUUUUUAAUUCAAGUAAUGGGCAAUAUGAAUAUUAGUUCUACUCCUGCUUUUUCUCUACACAUGUUUAGUGAAGACCAGCAGUGGAGUUGGCCUGGAGCAAAGCUGGGGCUCCUCUGCUUGCUGGGAGCAGCAUUGGAUUUUCAUCCCUGCUUCAGAAAAUUAGGUUCCUCUCCAGUUUGGUGCCUCAAGCACAGAGACUGUAGGAAAUCCACUCCUUUUUCUUUCUAUGUGUUUUAGUUGCUGCCCUAAAUUGCCUCAGCCUGUAAGUAGGACUGGUCUUCCUGCCCAGACCCUAGCUGGAGGUUUCCAGUGGGGCUUCCAGCUCCUGCAGGCACAGAGCAUGGUGCCAGUGCUGCCCGCCUUCCCCCAGGCAAGGCAGCAGCUCCUCCAGGCUCUCUGCAGUCGGGGCUUCUGGGUGGCCUGGGCUAGGCACCAGCAUUCCCUCUGAGCUGUUUCCUGGUGGCCUUCCCCAACAUCUCUGCACGAGGCUGGGGGCAAGUGCAAGAUUUCCUGGUGAUGUGUCUGCUCGGGGCUUGGCCGGCAGUGGCAGGCUAUGGCUAGUGCAGGGCUCUGGUAUUUGUUAGGGAAUUCACAUUUGUUGGUCUGUGAGGAGCUGAAAUCAGUGGCUUAUUUUUAAAUAGACUGAAGUGUUGGAGGGCCUUUUCCUGUUAAAAGCAGAAGAGGCUGCUUGAACCCAGUCACUGGAAGUAUGUGGUCUUUUCAUCUCGCCAUUGGAGAUUUCUGUUGACCAGGAGCGCUGUUAGGGUCCUUGUAGGGAAACAUCCCAUUUUCCUAUUUCAGUUACACUUCACCAAAGGUGGGAUGGGGCAGGGGGGUGAGGAAUGGGGUGCUGCCUUGCCACUUUUGGCACUUUGAGGUUGCUGAUUUUUCAAGCUGUCCCCCAAAUGCACCCUUGCACAAGUUUGUGCAGCCUUCGGUUUCUUUCCAGGCAUUGAAGUCAGUUUGGGGUUUCUGCAAUGCUGUGCUUUAGAUGGCAUUUAUCAGCCUCUCUCAUGGGGAGGCCUUAAUGGAAAUACUUGGUUUUGCUGGAGCACAGAGAUGGUGGCACCUGCAAUGGGUAACAUAAGUAUUAAGACUCACUUAAUGACAAUGCCAUUUAUAAAGCAUACUCAUCAUACAAAUAUUAUACUGCUGCUUCAAAAUGUGUUUUAAACUCCAAGCUCUCUGUUACCAUUCCCAGGUCACAGGCAGGGAAUGCUACUGGUCAGAGAUAAAUCAAUCCUCCUCUCCCACGAAAACCUUGUUGGUGUCAGGUCCUGCUGUGGGGUAGCACCUGACACUGAGCAGGGAUUUACUUUUUAAGACUUGCCAUGCAGAGCUGGGUGUGGGGACUUUUAGGACUGACACUUGAAAGAUUGCUGCGAGGUCUUGAUUGCUUUAGCCAAUCAAAGCAUCCAACAGAAGUGUAUCAGGUUUUAUUUUUCUGAAGCAUGUUUUGUCCUGUCGGCACUGGGAAGAAAUAAGGCAGUGCAACAUAAGGAAGUGUGUGGCAGAGGAGGUUGCUCAGACUCCAGCAUAGCUCCCUGAGUACCCAGUUGUUUCCCUGGUGCUCUUGAUGCUCUCUGGUAUGUGUAGACCCCUGAGAGAGGCGAGGUAAGGCAGGGAGCAGCUCUGCUCAGAGCUCUGCCAUUGCGCUACGUUUGCAGGAUUUGCUGUCCUCAGGCAUGAGCUCCUGACACAUUCCUCCACCGGCAGCCCCUCAAGUCUCACAGUGUGUCUGUGAGGUGAGGGUUUAGUAGUUUGACUCUUGACAUCCUGUGAAGGUUGGAAAGCUGUCUGGGACAUUAAAGGCUGAAUUGCAUGUGCUUGAUCAGGGCCUGGCUCUGAGAAGCGGUUUCCCAUCUUUUCUCAGCUCUGCUAUACAAAGCUUGAAUUGUUUUUCUUACAAAGGGGGCCCCUCCCUGGUGUGAGCUGAUGUUGCCGUGACUGCCUGGCUGCAGAGGGCCCGGGCUUCAGGCCGUGCUGACCUGCAACAGCCAUGGGGUGAGCCCAGGCUCCUCUAUUCUGGAAGGCAUCUGGGUCUGACUUGGCAUCUGGGUCCCACACAUCCAUGCUGUGGCAGUGCAGGGUCUGCAGAGAUCCCUUUUAGUGACAGGUGUGGGAAAGGUAGGGGAAAAGCAGGGAUAGCUGGAGUGCUGAGUGAUGCAAAAGAAUUAAUAUGUUCUAGUUGUGUACAUAUGAAUAUAUUGAAGUUUUGCUUGCUGUUGUGAACACCAAAGCAUUUUCAUCUUCGUUUUGAUUCACACCCCUCCCUGCCCAGCCUCCAUGCUCAGCCCAGUAUCCCAGGGGAUGCAUUUGUCCCAGUCAUACCUUCCCACCAAGGGUGGGUCGCAUGACCCCUCCAAACCCCCAGUACUUAGAAAAUCUUUUGAUGCUCCGCCUCUCCACUGGGGAAGGCUCCCAAGAAUCACCAUGUGUUUUGAUGCAAUGGUGGUAUCAGGUACUGUGGCCAGAGGGGUUAGUCCCAUCCUUGUGGUUUUCGCCAUCCAUAUACCCACAUAACUGUUCAAGAGCACCAGGUCGUCCAAACUCCUUAAUUUAGAGGUCAGCAACUUGAAUAGGAGGUGCUGGGUCCUGCGUUGGCACAGUCAGUGUUCACUGAGCGCAAGUGUUCCCAUCAGCACUGGAUAAUUGGUAUUUUCUGAUAAUGACAAGGGAGAAAUUCUUUGUUUGGCCUCAGGCUGAGCAUUGCUGCUAAUUCCUGAGAGAAGGUGUCCCCCAGCAGCAUUCAGUUAUGGACAAGAAGUAAUUUUCUGACGAGGAUUUCUUCUCUCUGUUACUUUGACUGUUGUGGACAUCUCCAGUAAGCAGCUUAAGGUGUAUAACUUACCUGUUCCAGUCCUGCCUGCAAACAUUGGAUUGGAUUAAACUUUUAUAUCUGCAGGAGAGUAAAACCCAGUAAUUCUUUGCCAAAUAGUAUUUACAUGUUGUAGCAUGCACCGAGGUGUGUUAACGUUGGCUGAAAUGUGCAAACCUGCCUCCAGAUUUCCAUACCUUCUCCCCAUGAGUGCAUCUGUCUGUCUUGUCUGUCUGUACCCUACCAUAUGUCAGGGGCCAGCAAUAUCCCUCAGGCAUCCUGGCAGCACUGAACCAGUACAGAAACAGUGUGCAUCCUCAGGAAGGCUGUAGGACCUUCCCAGGGUACCUGGAAGGGAAACACUUGACUGUGAAGAUAAUCUUGAGUUACUCUACUGUCCUUGGUCUCCUUUAUUUAAUCCUUGUGAAGCACAGCUGGGUUGAACUACCAGCUCCAGUUAGCAAAGGUGAAGGAAAGAACAGGGUUCUGCAGUGUGAGAUGUGCACUGGAGGCUGAUCAGCAAAUCCUGGCUGCAGCAGUAAUAGCUCUGCAGACACCCUGGUGAGCACAGACCAAAGCACAGCCCCUGUUGUAUGAGGGGGAAAUGGAUGAAGUAUGUAUCAAAGUAUAUUCUCAUUUUAAGGUAAGAAUUUUAGGGUUCUAUACCUCUUUGGAACAUAUAUAAGCUAAGAUCCUUUCUUGGUCUCUCUAGACAGCAUUGGUCAUACCAGUUUCAAAGCCUGGGCAUGAAUGUUACCUUGUUAUUGCAGAUUACAUGGAAUAGCUUCCCCCUGCUCCGUAAUUCUCUUCCAGCCAUGACCUGGGCUUCUGCAUGCCCCGAGUUUUGCGGAGGGCUUGGCCACAAGGGAACACAAACCCCUGGCAUCUCCUCCCAGCUGAGAGUGUGUUAAGUUUUGCAGCCAAGGUGCAAGGAGUGGCAGAGGAAAGGCAGCCACACACCUCCUCCCCUGCCUGCACAGCUCCAGUAUGGCCACGGCCAGCCCAUCUCAGCACCAUCCCAGCUGCGCAGAGCAGGAGAGUUGCAAAACAGCUGGUUCAUGCCCUGGGCUCCCUUGGGGUUUUGUUUUCAUCCAUUUUUAGCUUUCUGCAAAAUUCUGUAAAUGAAAUGUGGGUGGAUUUUGGAGGAGACAUGGACAGAAAUGCCCAUCAGGCAUCUGGCAGGACUGAAAUUUUGAAAUACGUGUGAGAGCAGAGCAGGAGCAUGUCGCUCCCCCUCUGUCCGGCUCUGUCCUCUGCCUGUACCGUAGGAGAGCUGACCAGGUGCCAUGUUCCUCUCUAGGCAGACCCAGUGGUUUUACUGGAGUCCUUCCAACCCUAGAUUAUGCUAAAAAUAGGGCAUCCUUCAUUUUGGGGGGGACUGGUUGCUUCUUCCCUCCUUGUGUGGCUGUGGCAGAGGCAGUGUCUGUUGGACAGCACCUUUGGGAAGAUGCCAUGGGAGGCUGCUGUUUAGAGCCCCCUGCUCUGGCUGGCUUUCUGCUUCUAUUUCAGCAUCCUGAGGAUUUAAACCAGCUUUCUGCAGUUACAGUAAUAAGCUUAUUUUUUUUAUUCCCAAAGGAUUCCUACUUGCUGUUUUGUAACUUGAAAAACAUUUUAGAGGUACCUGAUUUCCUGGUCCUUGUGGGAAUGCUGCUUGAAGCACACACUUGCCAGGUUGGCUGCUGUAAGCAUUACUGCUCCUUUGGGCCCCAAAAGAGGAGUUCAGCCCAAUUUGCCUGCUGAAAUGCUGAAGCAGCCCCAGGCUCAGGCUAGCAGGAUGCUGCUCUGGGCCAGGUCACAGGGGAGAGACAGCCCCGGUAAACAGAGCACCCUCUGUAUCCUUGCUGCCUGCAGUCAUUCCCAUCAGCUGGAAGGGAAUACAAAGGAAUUUCCCUUCUGCUGAAGAAAAGCAACAGUCUCCUCUGUGGAUUUGUGGUCGGUGGCAAAAGCAAAAGAAUGUUUGUCAUGUGAGACAUUGAAGGAAGGAGCCAGGGGUUCCUAUAUGUAGUGCAAAGGAGAAAAAAAUUGGCAGCCUUUGUUGUAGCUGUUUCUUGCAGUUGUUUCUAAUGCCAGCCGUGGGAUGGGGUUGAAUUUUUGAGAUCACUGGUAUUACCUAAAGAGCUGGUGGUGCUGUUACAACUGUGGGAGUUGCAGACCUGGCAGUGUUGCCUUCAGGCAGGACCAACCUGCACAGAGCACAGGACCCUCCCCACUAAUGCUCAGCCCUGGGCAGCAGUAAGUGCAGACAGACAGGCUAUUGAACCAGGCCUGCUCUUGAAGAAAUCCACCAGUUUUAACAUUUUCUUCCUGGGAGCAAACCUGUUUUUCCUAGCGUUGCGUGUUAGUGGGUUGGUGCUGAUGCUGCAGGUUCAGACCACAAAGGUGGCUCUGCAGGAGGAGAAGCACCCCGUUUCAACCAUUAAGAACUGUCUGGUCCAGCUCGAUAACCUCAGCCAUUUGUUUAGUUGUAUCAUAAUUUUUAUUAGUCAUGCCCUCACUCUCCCCCAAACCCCCAAACUGGGGUUCUUGCCAGUCCUAUGUCUCAGUGCUUACUUCCUCCAAGUUUUUAUUUGUUCUCCAAUUGUGAACUGCUCCAGUGAUAUCAUGGCAGAACAUCAGCAUCCCAGAGCAGUCUUUUCUAGGUGCUUCUGGCUGUGCUGGAUCCAGGGCUGCCCUUGCUUCUCACCCAAAAUCCUCCUGCAACUGCUGCUAAAAAUGAUCCUACUAAUCCAAUGGCUGUUGAUUCUAGGAGUGUGAGAACUGCAUCCAAGAGCCACUAGUGCCCAGUUUAAUGCCUGGAAACGCACAGGGUAGUAACUCUACCCUGCCUCUUUCCAGCCCAGGACUGUGGUGUCACAGCCAGCAGGAUUGUGUCCCCUGCCUGUGGCUGUGCAUUCGGUUAUCCCUCCCCUGUGUGUGGGCUCCAGGCUUGGCUUUGGGGCUUCUGAGACAUGAAGUUGAGCAGGGUGUUCAUUUUAGCACAGUGGCAGCCAUGUUCUCUGCCAAUGCAUCCUCCUCCACCCUGCCUCUGCAGCAGCUGGGGGUGGCAGUGACAAAGAGGUGAUCCUGGUCCUGCUGACCCAAGUACUAGGGACAACCAUGGCUCUUGGGACAGGCAGAAGAGGAGGCUGCUGGACAGUAACUCAUGGUAGCAUGCAGCUUCAGAAGCUCUGUUUCAGCCUUUGGAAGAGCCCAUCUCAUUCCCUUACUGUUAACUCCUUACAUAGCCCAUUCUCCCCUUGUUUUCAUUAGAAUUAGAGGGGGCAUGAUCAUCUCAAUCUGCUUGACAUGUUCACCUGCUCCCACCAGCAAGCCAUGCCAGCAGGUCCUGUCACUGCUGGGAUUUGGAUCUUGGUGGCACAGUGCCCAGGGACCAUCUGCAGCCCCACCUUGCAAUGAGUGUGGCUAUGGCUGCACAACACGGCACUGGCUCACACUGGUUGUCUCCUGCUCUUUGGGCACCAUAGGGCAGGCAGAGGGGUUAGUUCAGAGGGAGCAUUGCACAGAGCAAGGAGGAGCCUCAUUGUCCUCAUCAGCGCUUAAGGCAGAUUUUUAGUUUGGUUCCUCUGGGCUGAGCUUCAGCGAGCCAUCGCCUCAUGGGGGCACAGUGCAGGGUUACAGCCCCACUGCACCGUUCAAGUUCAGGGCUUGUUAUGAGGGGUCAACCCUUCUGGGGCCAUAAUGCAACACCACUUUUUUAGUGCCUCAAGUGGCUUGAACAAGACUGGGCAUUUAUCUCUUUCUCCCCUUUGUACUCAAAAAGGAGCCCAAAUUCCCUCCAGAUACCUAGAACGGCUACAGCAUUAACCAAGAGAGCAGAGAUGCUCCUGGUGCAGAAGCUGCCCAACUUGCAUCAGGGUCUGUCUCUCUGUUCCCUGGCCAAUUAGAACAGCUGUGCUGGGCAGCCUGGGGAGGAAACACAAAUCUUUAGGACUUCUGCUCUGCAAGUGAAAUACCACUUUUGGCCUCAGACACACCAAGCAGGCUGAAGUGACCAAACUCUUGCAGCCUCUCCUCCCUGCUCACCUCAGAGCAGCCUUCCAUUGGGGAGGGUGGAAAAAAGAUGUGUAUUUAUUUCCCUUUAAUUACCAGGUCUGAUGCAAACAGACAGGGUGGGGAAUCCUCCCAGUGCAGGGGCCUUUGGUACACCUUCUGCUCUGGGCUGCAGUCAGGGAAAGGCUGCUUGCACCUACCAUGUGGGCAGUGCUUGUGGGCUCAGUGAGGCCAGGCACUGCACGUAUGGGUGGGCAGCAGCUCCUGCAAGCUUGGGGGUACAAGGCACAAGGGAGCCUGAAUGCGUCAGCUGCCUUCAUGGCCUCUGCACGAGGGGGGAUGUUACACCACCGGGAACAGGGACUGGUGGCAGAAGCUUGGGAUCAUGUGCUGGACAUGGCGUGGAGCUAAGAAGUGGCUGCUUUGCUUUCCCAGCAAGUGCACACACUGCUUUUCUUUGCUGGUCUUAUGCUGAAAAGCUGAGAUUUAUGUACUGUAUGAGAAAAACGAAACAGAAAAAAAGAAAAAAUCCUAAUGUUCCAAAAUAAAUCACAGUAUAUUUUGUACUUUGUAAAGUAAUUAAACCGAAAAAGAAUAAAAAGUGAAACUUAUGCUGUCUGCUUUUGUACUGAUCAAACUGAAAAUAAAGCAGAGCUUGGCAUUGUCUAGAA